CAGCCCUGCUGAAUCCACAUCCGGGUCCUGCGCUGCUGCUGGUGUGCAGAGAUUCGGUCCCGAACGCAGCGGACCAAAAUAGCGGUCAAACCCGACAAUUUACACGUCCAGGACGCAGCAUAAAUGGGAAUUAUGCAUCCCUGGUUUAAACAGAUAAGGGUGAUCCGCUCUUUCACAGACUGAAUGCAGAGCAAAAUAAUCCGCCAGCCUGUCUCUCUCUCACCACCGCCGCGCUCAGUUUAUAUCUCUCUCUUUCUUUUCGUCCUUCUCUUUUAUCUGUUUUUUUUUAGCUUCUCCGCAAAAGAACUGACCAGGAAUUAUUUUUAGUGGAUUCCUAAGCAGCAGUGAUGGGUGCAUUUCUGGACAAGCCAAAGAUGGAGAAACACAAUGUCCAUGGUGAAGGCAACAGCCUGCGCUAUGGCCUGAGCAGCAUGCAGGGCUGGCGUGUAGAGAUGGAGGAUGCGCAUACUGCUGUCAUUGGUCUGCCCAAUGGCUUGGACCCCUGGUCAUUCUUCGCUGUUUACGAUGGGCAUGCAGGAUCGCAGGUGGCACGUUACUGCUGCGAGCACCUCCUGGAGCACAUCACCAGCAACCCUGACUUUCAGGAAGGAGGAGGAGGUCCACCAGUGGAGCCCAGUGUGGAUAGCGUGAAAUCUGGAAUCCGUACUGGUUUCCUGCAGAUUGAUGAUCACAUGCGUCAGAUCUCAGAGAAGAAGCACGGUGGUGCCGACCGCAGUGGCUCGACGGCUGUCGGUGUGAUGAUCUCACCCCGCCACAUCUAUUUUAUCAACUGCGGAGACUCGCGGGGUUUGCUGAGCCGUGGAGGGGCUGUACACUUCUUCACACAGGAUCACAAACCCAACAACCCCUUGGAGAAGGAGAGGAUCCAGAACGCUGGGGGAUCUGUGAUGAUCCAGCGCGUCAAUGGGUCCCUGGCAGUGUCCAGGGCUCUGGGGGACUUUGACUAUAAGUGUGUGCAUGGUAAGGGUCCCACGGAGCAGCUGGUGUCACCGGAGCCCGAGGUGUAUGCUAUCGAGCGGUCCGAGGCGGAGGAUGAGUUUAUUGUUCUUGCUUGUGACGGGAUUUGGGAUGUGAUGGCCAAUGAGGAGCUGUGCGAUUUUGUUCGUUCACGACUGGAGGUGACUGACGAUCUGGAGAGGGUCUGCAAUGAAAUUGUAGAUACCUGUUUGUAUAAGGGAAGUCGUGACAACAUGAGUGUUGUGUUGGUGUGUUUUGUUAGUGCACCGAAGGUUUCCCCUGAAGCUGUCAAAAGGGAAGCGGAGCUUGAUAAAUACCUAGAGAGCCGAGUAGAAGAGAUCCUGAAGAGGCAGGGGGAUGAAGGUGUUCCCGACCUGGUAUAUGUGAUGCGCACGUUAGCAUCUGAGAGCAUCCCCAACCUACCACCUGGAGGAGAACUGGCCAGCAAACGGAGUGUAAUUGAAGCAGUAUACAACAAACUUAACCCAUACAGGAACGAGGAUACAGAUUCUGCAUCCACAGAUGACAUGUGGUAGCCCCACCCCUUUAAACACUGCACAGAGUUUACAACCCUCCAGAACCCUGCACAACAAGCUUUCCUACAGGACCCGGCACCAGAACCCUGCACAAGAACCCUCAACUACUACAGAACCCUCACAAGAACCUACUACAGCCCAGCCCAGCUGCUCUGGACUGUUCGGAGGAAGAAGAGGAAGCGAAUGAGGGCUCCCUCCCCUUGUUCACAUAAUGUUCCCUCUCAGUGCUAGGCAAUGUCACCUUCUGAAUAUGUUCUGCAUACUCUUCUGACUCAAUUUACUCUUUUCCCUAAUCCUUUUAACCUUAACAUCACCCUCUUAAAAUUCACCCACUUUUUUUUUCCAUUUAUAUAUAUUUUUUUGGUGUAAUUAAUUUCAUUCACAUUUUCUUGUGUGUUUGUAUAUUUCAGCUUUUAUUUUUGUGAAGUGCAAUUGUCUUGUACAAAGAAAAGCCUGUAUCAAAUGCAGCUUUAGUUUCAAGUUUAUAAAAAUAGAAAAAAAGGCACACCUUUAUUGCCCUGCCUGCUUUUGUUUCCUCUCCAACCGCUGAAGCCCAACACAUCUGCUCCUCAUCUGCUUUCCUUUCACUUUUUUUUUUUAAACAAAAUAUAACUUUUUGUAUUGUUACUUUUUAAGUGAAACGGGUAAAUUAUAUGGGCUCACAGUACAGUAAGCUUUUUUGUAAAUCUCACUGCACAGAUGACCGUAAUCGUUAUGUUCUCUCAGUACUACUGUUUUUCUUUUUCUGGUGGGGUGGGUCUAUUAUUUUCGCCCCUUGUUUUUUUUCUCUCUCUGAGGAAACCGCUUUAACUUAAACUAAGCUGAAAUUGUGUGCGUGGUUGUGUGUGUGAGAGAAUGAGUGAGUCUUAUGAGAAAUGCAAGAGGUAAGAGGAUGCAUGUUUGAUCCAUCAAACUGUUUCCAUUGUGCAAAUUUUAUGAUGUGAUUUUGUUACCUGAUGCGCUAACCCUGAUCCUCUCUCUUAUAAUCAACACUAGGACUCUUCUCUACAGUGUUCUGCACUACUGCAGCUUCUUGAUUCUUGAUUUGUUUUAAGUUGGUCUAGGAACGUUGUAAAUGAUCUCCUGCACUUGCUGGAAAAUAAUUAAGAACUGGGACAGGCCCUAUUAAGUGCAUUUAGGUGUGUGUUUGGUUGUCAGUAUGGUUUGAAUGGAUGUGUGAGAUUGCAUGAUUAUUGUGCUUCAAAUUAUGUGGGUUUUAAUGGGAAUAUUUAGGCUUUUGACACAAAUGUAUAAGGCUUUAGCUAUAGUGCUCGAUCACCCAUCUGCACUGCUGAGAGAGUGAUGAGUGAAUGCUUUCUGAGAUUAACACUCAACUCAGAUUUUUCUUCUAUUUAAACCAUUCGCUUCAUCUCGUGUUGAUUUAUGUUAUCAGUUUCUUUUUUUUUCUCGAUGUGGUGAUUUCUAUCUUUUUCUCUCUCUGGCUCUCUCUUUUUAAAGAACAAAUACAGUGUGAUGCAGUGAGCUGGCCUGGUUUUGGCCAGAGCAUGCAUGUGUUCCUCUGACCAAUAGGGAGCGCAACAGAGUACUGUUUGCUGCUAAAGAGUGUGCUUGAAUCAGUCGUUCAUUCAUUUGAAUGCUCUUAGUUAAUAUUAUCCCACACCUUUCCCCCCCAAUGCUGUAUGUAACCUAGUUCUGAAUUUAUUUAACUGUAUAUUUUUCAGAGAGAUUGUCACUUGUUCACUUGUCCUGAUUGUCUGAACCUGUAAAAUCAUAACCCCCCCAGCCCCCCCCCCCCCUUGUCCUUACAUUCCCAAACUAAAUUUUACUUAUGGAAUAGAUUAUAUGAACAGGAAUUCCCUUGCGUUUAAAUAAAUGUUAAGUUAGCUUUUUAGUCUAAUCCUGUGUAUUUGCAUACUGAAAAAAAUGGUAGGUAAAAAGAUCACUACUUUGAGUCUUUUCAUGAACCUCACAGGGUGAUUUAUUAAACUAAUAUUGUAACAAAAUGACAAUCUAACCGUGUAUGGCUAAUGUUAAUGGAAAAAUCUCCCUGUAUCCUCUAUGCUUUCGGCUUGUGUUAUAACACGGGCAUAAAAAUCAUUGUGUUUGUGUGUGGAUUGGUGAGCUGUGUGUUUUCCCAGUGGAAGCUGGAAUGUUGUGUAAUAGGAGAUUCACGAAAUGAAUCUAAAAUGAACACAAUGUUUUAGGAUGGUCUUAGAGGCCAGGAUAUGUUCAUGUGUCUUUAAGCUUUUUUGGAUCCACAAAGCUAUGUGGAAUCACUUUAGGAAUGUAGACACGAGGAACGAAGACUCUUAAUAGGAUUCUGUUGGCUUGCUUAACCCUCAGUCUGGUCUUAUACAGGCUUAAAAAUCACUUGUAGGAAAAUUAACAAAUGAUGUGUGACUUGUUUAAAAAAAAAAAAAAGCCUUUUGUUGUAUAUGCAGUUUUGAGGUUCGUGAACUGCUAUUAUACAGAUUCUCCUUUUUUGUAAGACUUCCAGAUGGUUUUUAGAUGGGGCGGGUCAAAAAUAGUUUGUUUUUUUGCAAGAUGGUCAUAAGCACAGGUCUGUUUAGUGAGGAGAGGAUAUGGCUUACAGUCAAACAUAAAAACCCAGUUAUAAAUGAUAGAGAUGUUUAUGAAUGUGUUUUUACUAAGUCUUGUCGCUGAAGUUGACAAGGGCAUUUUGCAAGGAAUUCUAUGACACAUGAACUAUCGCGUUUGUUAAUGGCGCAUAGAUAUUUUGCUAAAUAUGCGUCACAAACUCUUUGAUGCCAUGUAUUUUAGGUUUAUGCACUGAAAUCCUGUUUUUGUGGUCUCUUGCUCUGUAGUAUUAGCUUGGUAGCUCAUUUCAGUUUAAAUUAUCCGGACCUGCCUUCUAAUGUAUAAACCAAGUGAUUAAUGCAGCCUUAAUGCCUUUUGCAAAACCCCACCCCCAAACCCUUGGGCUUUACUCCUAUAUUACAGAGCUCUGUAUGCAAACACACCACAAUAUUUUGCUAAA